CAACCGAGCACGGAGAACAGGGCAUUCUGAGCUGGGGCGCGGUGGAGGAGUAGAUGAUGGACAGCAGAGGCGACAGAGACUGAGUUUCCGCCCCUUCGACUCCUCAAAUCUCUGGUUGAUCUCUUUCCGAAGCCUGAACCAUGACGAGAACGAACCCUAGCUCUACUCUAUCCUUUUUCGCCAUAGGAUUUGCGUUUUUCUCUCUGCUGAUUUCAACCUUUGCGUUUCAAUCCGAUGAGCUUCUCGUGGACGACGAAGAGUUCGGACUCGAAGGAGGUCGAUCGCCUGAUUUGUUAUCUCCCCCGUCCCCUCCAACUACCCUACGGAAGAGGCAACCAGAUUCGGACACGGAUUCAAAGCUACACUUCUCCCUCGAGCACGCCUUCGGGGACUCCGAUUUCGCUCCCGCCGGCACUUUCUCCGCCCGCCUGAAGACCUGGCAUCACGGAGGACAGACUCUCACGAAACUUCGGUUUUCAAGGGAUGCUUUUAGUGAAACAGAGAAGGAAAAAUUCAAGAAACUCCUGGAAGAUGAUGACUUCUAUCAUAUAAGACUUCCAAGCAAUGUUUUGAGUCCUCCUGGGAGGCAGUACAUUAUUUCAUCAGUAAAAGCUAGAUGUCUUCCGAGGGAGAGUUUGGAUGAGCACUUCGUCAUUCACACGGAUGGUGUUAAUAUUCUAGCUGUCAACUAUGGUUCUCCUGGGGCAUGCCAGUAUCCUCGGCAGUUGAAACUGCCAACAAAAUGGUCCUUCAAUUCACAUACAAUCUUGAAGAACGGUGAACAGGCCCCAAGAACUCCAGCAUUUGCAGAAGACAUCCUUGGUGGGGAAGCUGGAGAGGGUGAAGGGGUAAAACUACCAGAAAGGUCAUUGUGGGCUAAAUAUUGGAUGUACCUGAUCCCCCUUGGAUUGAUCGUAGUGAAUGCUGUAACACAAGCUAUGAACAUGCCUGAGGAACAGGCUACUGGCCAAUCUACCUCCCAGGUACAGCAGCCCAUGGCAGCAAUCCAGCGCGGCCAAAAUACUGCUGUCCGAAGAAGAUGAAUGAUCCUACCCAGUGGGUGCAUAAGGGAAGGAGGGUCCUUCUGUUGUAUUUUAUGCAGAAUUUAAAGUGGCACUCUUUCAAUCAAGUGAAUUGUUUCCGCCCUAAGGUGGUUUAGUCUUCUGUUACAAGUUUUGGCAAUAUCCGCAUUCUUAAUUAUGGUUUUGCUCUUGGUCAAUGGUUAUUGCAUUAAGGUUACAUUUGGUUAUUCCUAGUAAGAAAUUAGUUAUAAUAGGUCAGUUAGAAUUAAUUGUACUUAAAAUUAUCUUGAUAACAUAAAACAAAUAACAAUGUGAAACUUUUUUUGAAUCCAUAAUAAGGAAUAGACAGAAUAACUAUUUCUAAAUUUCUGUAUAGGAAUGUCUAUCCCUUUCUUGUUACAUUUGGGGAAUAGCUGCUACUUUCAUUCCCAAAAUUUUCUCUAUAUUCCAUCUUAUUCCAAGGAGUAGCUAUACCGUGAACCAAACCUGAACUGAAAGUAAUAAAAGCCAUUGUGGAAAAAUUAUCUUUGUUGCAUCAAGAUGGUUUUUUUACAUGCAUGGAUUACAAGCUUUUGUUAUAUUAUUGGGCACUGGCGACAUUUUGAAGUAUUACUUCUUUCUUGAUUAUCAGUGCAUUCAGUGCAAUGGAAAAAAAAAAGAUGGAAUUGUGUUAAUUUUGCAGCAUCCAAAUGUCCUUUUGUUGCCCAACUUUUGAGACAGCUGUGCUGUCUAUAAGUGGACAAGCGAAACUAAUUUACUCCCACUCCUGCCGGACUAUUGUCUUGGCACAUUGCUGAAGAUAAUAUGUUGCCUGGAUGGAUGACUGCUUUUCAUGAUGUGAUUGGCUUGCUUUCUUCUUCUUCUUCUUCUUCCUUUCUUUCUUUCUAUCUUUUUUUUUUUUUUAAUUUAAAAUUUUAAUUUUUGCUUUAUGGUCAGUUAUAUGAAAGAACAAUGUGCUGAAUCCUUGGCUAAUGAUAUUCUACCAGGUAGGAGCAGACUGCAGAGUAUCAUCCAACCCAAUCUAGUAUAGGUUCUUUCCAUUAGCGUUUUAUGAUUGUUUACGCUAUGAUGAUAUUACUUGCAUGGUCUGUAUGUCUCUUCAUGAGGCUUUUUCUAGCAUAACGAUAUAGCAACUUGAAGCACUCAUUCAGAAUCUUGACUCAAUUGGCAACGAGUUGUCAAUUAAACCUUCAACGGAACAGCACAGCCCAUCCACACAACAAUCAAGGAGAGCAUAUGUCAAGUGUUGGAACUACUUCUCUGGCAGUUGAGGUGUUUCUGCCCUCACCCCAGUGUAUUGUUCAAUAAAAAAACUGGUUCCUUGAA